AUAACUCCUCUAAUGAAAGAGCUUAUGCGUUUGUGUUAAAGUCAAUUCCGUUUCUCUCCCCAUACUUGUGACUUGUGAGCUACGAGGUUACAAAGUGACACAAGUAAUAACAUAUUAACCCUGUCCUUUUUUCUAUUUCAAUGUGAUCUAAUUCUAUUUUCUAUAUAUCUAGAUUGUAGAUACAUAAAAAGAUAAAAAAUGAAUAGAAUUUAGAGAAGCAUUUUAAACGUUUUAAGAAUUUGUAACACAGGAAAAAUGUCGAAACCCAACCUGGAAAAUUCGUAUAUACAGAGAACAGCACUGAAUACUGAACAGGAUGAACAAAAUAUAGAGAACAGUAGACUUCUAGCGGGAAACAGCAGUAGUAAUUCAGAUGAAAACAGGAAGCUGUCUCCAAAAGGAAUGUCGUUAAAAACACCGGAAAAUGAAAUCCCCAGAAAAAUCAGGGUUUAUCAAGGAGUAUUUCUAUCUAUCCUGUCUGGAGUACUUUUUACAGCAAAUAAUUUCAUCAUCAAGCAUUUCAACGUAGUACCAGGCGAUGCAGUUCUAGUGCGAGGGUUGGUUCAGGUUCUCCUGCUUUUGGGUUUCUCGGUAUCUAAAAACUAUCAGAUACUACCAACAGAGUCCAGGAUAUUUUGUUUUGUAAUUCUUCAAUCAGUUCUGGGAGGAUUAUCCUUCAUUUCAGCUUUAAUAUGUGUAUCAUUAAUGCCAGUGGCGGAUGCUUUAGUUAUAAUGUUCUCUAGUCCUCUUGCAACAAUGGCUGUAGCAGCAAUAUUUCUAGGAGAGAGGUUCAAUAUGUUACGAAUUAUGAUGGGAUUAUCAAUAUUAGCCGGGGUUACGCUUGUUUGUAAACCUCCAUUAGUCUUCCCUUCAUUUCAGAUUCAGAAUGAUACGAUUAAUGGUUCCUCCGAAGAAAUGUUUAUCAACUCUACUGAAGAUGUAUUGAAAAGUACAUUUUUAGAUUUAGAUGAUGGGACACCUGAGGUGGUUCAUGACACAACCUACUGGACUGGGGCAGGGUUUGCUAUGGCAGCUGUAUUAACUGGAACAUUCCAUAAUAUCACUGUACCGGCUUGUAAGAAUGUAGCGAGUACCGUUCUAGUUCUUUAUGUUGGUGUUCUAGCAAUAUUAAUAUCUGCUAUAUCAGCCCAGUUCAAUUCACAGUGUAUGAUUGCUACAGGUUUCAUUGCAGAGGUUCAACUUGAAAUGUGGGGAGUACUUUUUGGAUUGGCAAUAUCAGGGAUGAUUGCUUACCUAAGUUUGACCAGAGCUCUUCAACUUGUCUCACCUACUAUAGUUUCUUCUUUGAGGGCUCUAGAGAUUGUAUUUGCCUAUGUUGCUGAAUCCUUGAUACUCUUUGUUUUACCUUCUCUUUUAUCCGCCCUAGGUGCUAGUCUUGUUGUUUUAGGUGUUGUUGGUAUAGCCCUAGAAGGUCAGAUACUUGAAUACUGGAGAAAACUGAGACCAGAUACCGCCAGUAAAGUAUAAAAUGUAUUAAUCAAAUGUGAUAUAAAUGCAAUGAAUAUUUCUAAUUUAUAUAAAAGGUGUCAUUGAAAACAGUUUCAAUAAAUUCGGUAUCCGGUGA